UAAAACGAAGCAUAUUUCUGAAGAUAGUUAUUGAAAAAAUGUUAAAACAAAAAAAUAACAAAACAAAACAAAAGAAAUACUGAAUUGUUGAUAUAUCAAGCUACUUAAAGACAGAUGUAUGUUUCUAUGGCUUCCUGCUUGAUGAGGCCCGGCUGGGCUGACGGUGUCCAGGAGUAAAUCUUAACAGUCAUCGGAUUACCGGUUAAGCAUCUGCUUUUAGCCUUCCACAGCCGUUGGAAAACACCUUGAGACCUGUGCCUACAUGACUCUGGACAGAGCUGUCUUCAUGGUGCGACUUCGUUACAACAUUUUGUAGGAUGAAGAAUGUGAAGAUAUCUAAUUUGCCACUACUUUUUGUGUUCGUGCAAGCCUGUUUAGCUCAGGCAGAUUAUGCCCCCUACUUCUACGACAAUGACCCAUACAGCAACAAUGGCAACCUGGCCAUGUUCAGCCUCUCUGAGGACACCCCUGUUGGUACACAGAUCUAUCGACUUAAUGGCACAGACCCUGAAGGCCAGGAGGUGAGGUUUGGUCUUUCUUUUGACCAGGGUUCAAAGGAGUACUUCAGGGUGGACCCAAAAUCUGGAAAUAUUACAUUAGUGGAAAAGCUAGAUAGAGAGGAGCAAGAUUCGGUUGAUGUUAACAUCAGCAUCACAGAUGGAAGAAGCGAGGUCGUCGAACGAGUAACAAUAUUUGUGAUGGAUGCAAACGAUGAAAAACCCGAAUUCCAAAACAUGCCUGCAAUCAUAGAUGUGUUGGAAACAACUGAAUCUGGGAAAAGCAUCUACAAAGUGGAGGCUGUGGACAGAGACACAGGCUCUGGAGGGUCAGUUACAUAUCAUCUCCAGACACCGCAAUCCAGUUUGUUUGCAAUUGACAUAAACAGUGGGGUCCUCCGUAUCAAAUCUGGACAGACGUUGGAUUAUGAGAAAACAAAGACACACUUUGUUACUAUCGUCGCAAAGGAUGGCGGAGGCAACUUGAAUGGCAACGAGCAGUUUAUGUCAUCUACUGCGACGCUCACUGUCAAUGUGAUUGAUGCACAAGACACUCCUCCCUUUUUCAUUGGAACCCCCUACUUUGGCUAUGUAUAUGAAAUCUCAGUGCCGGGAUCUGAAAUAUUCACAGUUAGUGCCGAAGAUGGGGAUGUGGGCAACCCAAAUCCAGUCAGCUACUCAUUCGAUGAAGGUGAUGAUGGUGUUUUUGGCAUUAAUGAAACAAGCGGUUGCAUCUCCCUGCUGGUUGCGCCAAUUUAUCUGAAGAGAGAAAUCUUUAACAUCAAAGUCAGGGCAUCAGAAGUAAGCGGCGAAGAUAAACAAAUGGACUAUGGGGUGGCCACAGUGGUGAUUCGUGUUGUGGACUUGAAUAAUAAUCCACCAACCUUUUAUGGAGAGAAUGGCCCACAGAAUAUGUUUGAGCUGACAAUGUAUGAGCAUCCGCCAGAGGGAGAGAUACUCCGGGGGCUGAAAAUCACAGUAAAUGACUCCGAUAAGGGUGCAAAUGCCAAAUUUAAUCUGAGACUGAUUGGACCAGGAAGAAUGCUGCGAGCUGUCCCCCAGACUGUACUCAAUGAGGCCCAAGUCACAAUCUUAGUGGAGGACUCUGCUGCUAUGGACUAUGAGAGACACCAGUUUCUAACAUACAAGCUGCUUGCAGUUGAGAUUGACACUCCAGAAAGAUUCAGCGCCACAGCAGACAUUGUCAUUCACCUCCUGGACACCAACGACAACGCUCCCAAAUUCUCCUCGGACUACUACAUCGCCAGAAUUCCCGAAAACUCACCCGGUGGCUCAAAUGUGGUGUCAGUCACGGCUGUAGACCCAGACUCAGGACCAUGGGGUGAGGUCAAGUACUCUAUCUACGGCUCAGGAGCUGACCUAUUUCUGAUUCAGCCCAUAUCUGGGAUCAUUUACACCCAGCCCUGGGCGAGUCUGGAUGCUGAGGUGAGGUCUAAGUAUAACUUCUAUGUGAAGGCAGAGGACGCUGAGGGAAAGUACAGCCUGGCUGAAGUCUUUGUGACCGUACUGGAUCUGAACGACCACCCGCCUGCUUUCAACGAUAACUUCCUGGAGAAGACCAUGGUGAUUGGAGCUCCAGUGAAAAUACAGGCCGUAGAUGAUGACGCAGAAGUACCUAACAAUGUAAUUGAGUAUGCCAUCAUGAAGGCUGAGCCAGACAACAACAUCUUUGACAUAGACGCUGACACGGGAGAAAUCAAGCUAAAGUCCUACAUCAAGUCACUGGCUAUCAUUCAGAACAUCACCAAGAAGAGAGAUUGCAGCUGGUCCCUGGUGGUUCAGGCCCGAGACCGGGGUCAGCCGUCCUUUAGCACCACUGCAGUCGUCAAGAUCGACAUCACUGAAGCUACUCAACUCAAAGGGGGGCCUUUGGGAUCAUUUUUAUUGCUGAAUAGAAACAACCCAUUACAAAUCAUAGGUAUGCUCAUCAGUAUCAUUUGCUUCAUGGUCAUAGUCACAGUCAUCAUCUCCACUGCGACAUUCCUGCGUAACAAAAAGUCCAAUCGCAUCUUGCCCAACCGCCGUGUGCGGAGAAGGCCGCGGAAGCAGCACUUCUGGAACUUCAAAAGCCCCUUUAAGUCAUCAGAGACCCCCAGAGAGAAUUUCACAGUUCAAGAGGAACAGCCAGAGCCAGAGGUGGUCGUGGAGAAUGUCAACUAUAACAACAAUAUCAACAACGUUGUAAGACACUGGCCCCCACCACCCUGUGCACCUUCUUUGCCGCCUCCACCACCCACCUAUGUCCCAGGAGAGCGGCACUGGACCAUACCGACAGUCUCUGCAGCUGUGGCCCCCAGACCCAAAAAGAGGCCGGUGAUAGACAGAACGGACACCGUGAACAAAGCGUUAGUUUCAGAGCUAAAGAUGAGACUGGAGCAGAAGAAGAUGGCAACACCUUAGCAUCACUUAAAAAGAUUGUUCAGAUUUUGUAAAGUGUGGUUUAUUGUUAGCGAGAGCUCCUUUACCUGACAUAUGGGGAUGUUAUAUAGCAAAGAAUUUGUAGAGAAGUACUUACAUCCUUAGGGCGGAGGAAGGCUAACAGCUUGUCAGAAGGAUCCCUGGUUUUAGUUGAUUUGAACAAAUCAUCUUAAAGUGAAGCUGUUCAUGCCUGCGGAAUACAAUGCUAUAUCAGCGGAUAUUAAAUUUCCACACUUAGACAAGACCACUGUUAAGUUAGCCGCUAUUCGUUCAGCCAAACAAUAGCUAUGUGUACAUGCACAAAAUUCCUUGAUUGGUCUGAAAUGUGUUUGGAUUGAAAAA